UGUAUAUAUUUCAGAUAUGGAAGGAAAAUGAGGCGGAAUCCAUAUUUCUUCCUUUUGGUCUGUUUAGGGGUUGAGGUUGGGGCUCGUAAACAUCAUUUAAUAAUAGAAAAUGAUGUUCGUCAAAGUAUUCCUCUGUCAACUUUUGGAUUCUACCAAGGAGGGAAUCUUCAUGUGAAUCUAUCAGGGUUCCAUCCAACGGACGGGAACCAUUAUGAUCUGAAAGAACUUCUCAUCGGGUUCAGUAUUGAUCGAACCUUGUCGGACGGAUUGAACCCAUAUAUGGAGGAUCCAGACAGAGAAUGCAUUCUCUCAAGGAAUAUUCAAGAACGGGAUACAGCAGGGAUUAUCAGGUUUCAGCUGAAUUUUAACACAAUGAUGACUGAGAUAAGAUGUAGUAAAAACGUUCAGAGUAUUGCUGUCACCAAGGAUAUUGCUAAACGAGAGGAUCAGGAUAAUCUUUCAGAUCAGAACAUAUUUCCAGUACACAGGAAUGGUCCCCGAAGAAAGCGGAAUAUGAAGGAUCCUGAUAUAGAACAUUUCUUUGAAUCCCCGCUGGACAAAGAAAUUGCUGAAGCCAACAGUGAUAUCGACAAGAACAAGACUGCUGGUGUGGGGAAUUUGAAAGGCCUGUAUGCUAAGAGUGAACUACUUACAGAGAAGCUGGAGGGUAAAGCUGACCCAAAACUAGAAGACAGUCUAGGUUUGAAGGAGAAGGUUGAUACUAAAGAUGAUUCGAAAGAUGACACUCAAUCAUCGGAGAACGAUGUAGAACAACCCGUUGAAACUAAGAGUGUUCCAUCCCAGUCCAGUCCCGAUGAUGCAUGUAGUAACUACCAGAUACCAAUCAAUCUUUCACCAUCAGGAUACCAAACCUCCUUCCAAAUAUUCAUCUCCGAUCCAUCCCAGGAGGGAUUAUACUCCAUGUUUUUCCACAACUGUCACCAGUCAGAGAUGAUCCCAGUCGACUUCGACAUCAAGAUGGAGGAGAAGAAUAUCGGCGACAAUUAUUUAUCGGCCGGAGAGAUGCCGCUCCCAGCACUCUAUCAAAUGCUGAGUAUUUUGUUCCUGUUGACCGGGGUUUUCUGGGUCUUCAUCCUCAAGAAGAACGGUACAGAACAAGUUUUCAGGUAUUUAAUUCGUGUUAAACUUUAA